GGGAAGGGGGGGAACCUGGGCAGCGGCCGAGCUCUGUGGCUUCAGGGCUUGGAAGGCGAGAGGGAGGGUGGUGAAGAGAGUGAGUCGGUGCCGCCGCCCGCUUGAGGAGAGAGGAGGGGUCCCGCUCGCCUUGCGCCCUUCGCGGGCUAAGAGUGCGGAGCAGUCGCGAAACUCCCAGGCCUCUCGGCCCCUGGGGACCCCGCCCCGCCGCCCGCCGGCCCGCGGCCUCUCUUCCCUUUGUGAGUGCCCCCUUCCCAGGGGUGCUGGUGGUGGCGGACGGGUGCGCGUGGGCCCGCCCGCCGAGGGGCCGCGGCGGGGGACCGACAGGGCCUCGGCUGUGAGGACCGGAGGCGGCCGAGGCCCGGGCCGGUUCCCCCGAGGCGGCGGCGGCGACUCCCGGCACUUCCCCGCGCCAUCUUAACUGAGUCCGAGCGUUAAGGGCGCCUCCUCGACCCCGGUCGUCCCCUCGUCCUCCCCCCCCCCCCCCCGGCCCCUUGUCGCAGAGCUUGGGCUGGGCGGCUGGGGGGGGGGGGGGCGGCGGUCUGUCGCCCGGCCCCCUCCUCCUCACUCCUGGCUCUCCAGCACCGCGGCCACCGGAGCGCUCUAGGGGUCUGCGCUCGUCUACUCCGCCCCAGACCUGCCGGCGAAGGGUUUAUGCCAGCGUGGCUUCAUUCAUACAGAUGAACCAAGCAUUGGGAUAGCAGUAUAAAAUUAGAAUCAGACAGCUGACUGCUCAGCAGGAUGCCAUCAACUAACAGAGCAGGCAGUCUAAAGGACCCUGAAAUUGCAGAGCUCUUCUUCAAAGAAGAUCCAGAAAAGCUCUUCACAGAUCUCAGAGAAAUUGGCCAUGGGAGCUUUGGAGCAGUUUAUUUUGCUCGAGAUGUGCGUACUAAUGAAGUGGUGGCCAUCAAGAAAAUGUCUUAUAGUGGAAAGCAGUCUACUGAGAAAUGGCAGGAUAUUAUUAAGGAAGUCAAGUUUCUACAGAGAAUAAAACAUCCCAACAGUAUAGAAUAUAAAGGCUGCUAUUUACGGGAACACACCGCAUGGCUAGUAAUGGAGUAUUGUUUGGGUUCUGCUUCAGAUUUAUUAGAAGUUCAUAAAAAGCCAUUACAAGAAGUGGAAAUAGCAGCAAUUACACAUGGUGCUCUCCAGGGAUUAGCUUAUUUACAUUCUCAUACCAUGAUCCAUAGAGAUAUUAAAGCAGGAAAUAUCCUUCUGACAGAACCAGGCCAGGUGAAACUUGCCGACUUUGGAUCUGCUUCCAUGGCCUCCCCUGCCAAUUCUUUUGUGGGAACGCCAUAUUGGAUGGCCCCAGAAGUAAUUUUAGCCAUGGAUGAAGGACAGUAUGAUGGCAAAGUUGAUGUAUGGUCUCUUGGAAUAACAUGUAUUGAAUUAGCGGAGAGGAAGCCUCCUUUAUUUAAUAUGAAUGCAAUGAGUGCCUUAUAUCACAUAGCCCAAAAUGAAUCCCCUACACUACAGUCUAAUGAAUGGUCUGAUUAUUUUCGCAACUUUGUAGAUUCUUGCCUCCAGAAAAUUCCUCAAGAUCGCCCUACAUCAGAGGAACUUUUAAAGCACAUGUUUGUUCUUCGAGAGCGCCCAGAAACAGUGUUAAUAGAUCUUAUUCAAAGGACAAAGGAUGCAGUAAGAGAACUGGACAAUCUGCAGUAUCGCAAGAUGAAGAAACUCCUUUUCCAGGAGGCACAUAAUGGACCAGCAGUAGAAGCACAGGAAGAAGAAGAGGAACAAGAGCAUGGUGUUGGCCGGACAGGAACAGUGAAUAGUGUUGGAAGUAAUCAGUCCAUUCCCAGUAUGUCUAUCAGUGCCAGCAGCCAAAGCAGCAGUGUUAACAGUCUUCCAGAUGCCUCAGAUGACAAGAGUGAGCUAGACAUGAUGGAGGGAGACCAUACAGUGAUGUCUAACAGUUCUGUUAUCCACUUAAAACCUGAGGAGGAAAAUUACAGAGAAGAAGGAGAUCCUAGAACAAGAGCAUCAGAUCCACAGUCUCCACCUCAAGGGUCUCGUCACAAAUCACAUUAUCGUAAUAGAGAACACUUUGCAACUAUACGAACAGCAUCACUAGUUACAAGACAGAUGCAAGAGCACGAGCAGGAUUCUGAACUUAGAGAACAGAUGUCUGGUUACAAGAGGAUGAGGCGGCAGCAUCAAAAGCAGCUGAUGACUCUAGAAAAUAAACUAAAGUCAGAGAUGGAUGAACACCGUCUCAGAUUAGACAAAGAUCUUGAAACUCAGCGUAACAAUUUUGCUGCAGAAAUGGAGAAACUUAUCAAGAAACACCAAGCUGCUAUGGAAAAAGAGGCUAAAGUAAUGGCCAAUGAGGAGAAAAAAUUCCAGCAACACAUUCAGGCCCAACAGAAGAAAGAACUGAAUAGCUUUUUGGAGUCCCAAAAAAGAGAAUAUAAACUUCGAAAAGAGCAGCUUAAGGAGGAGCUGAAUGAAAAUCAGAGCACACCUAAAAAAGAAAAGCAGGAAUGGCUUUCAAAGCAGAAGGAGAAUAUACAACAUUUCCAGGCAGAAGAAGAAGCUAACCUUCUUCGACGUCAAAGGCAGUAUCUAGAACUAGAAUGUCGUCGCUUCAAGAGAAGAAUGUUGCUUGGGCGACAUAAUUUGGAACAGGACCUUGUCAGGGAGGAGUUAAACAAAAGGCAGACUCAGAAGGACUUGGAACAUGCUAUGCUACUACGACAGCAUGAAUCCAUGCAAGAACUGGAGUUUCGCCACCUCAACACUAUUCAAAAGAUGCGCUGUGAGUUGAUCAGACUGCAGCAUCAAACUGAGCUCACUAACCAGCUGGAAUACAAUAAGCGAAGGGAACGGGAACUAAGGCGAAAACAUGUUAUGGAAGUUCGACAACAACCUAAGAGUUUGAAGUCUAAAGAACUCCAGAUAAAAAAGCAAUUUCAGGACACAUGCAAAAUUCAAACCAGACAGUACAAAGCAUUAAGAAACCACCUACUGGAGACUACACCAAAGAGUGAGCACAAAGCUGUUCUGAAAAGACUCAAGGAGGAACAGACUCGGAAGUUAGCCAUCUUGGCUGAGCAGUACGAUCAUAGCAUUAAUGAAAUGCUUUCCACACAAGCUCUGCGUUUGGAUGAAGCACAGGAAGCAGAAUGCCAGGUUUUGAAGAUGCAGCUGCAGCAGGAACUGGAGCUAUUGAAUGCAUAUCAGAGCAAAAUCAAGAUGCAGGCCGAGGCCCAACAUGAUCGAGAGCUUCGAGAGCUGGAACAGAGGGUCUCCCUUCGCAGGGCACUCUUAGAACAAAAGAUUGAAGAAGAGAUGUUGGCUUUGCAGAAUGAACGCACAGAACGAAUACGUAGCCUGCUCGAGCGUCAAGCCAGAGAAAUUGAAGCUUUUGACUCUGAAAGCAUGAGACUAGGUUUUAGUAACAUGGUCCUUUCUAACCUCUCCCCUGAGGCAUUCAGCCACAGCUACCCAGGAGCUUCUAGUUGGUCUCACAAUCCUACUGGGGGUCCUGGACCUCACUGGGGUCAUCCCAUGGGUGGCACACCACAAGGUUGGGGCCAUCCAAUGCAAGGUGGACCCCAGCCAUGGGGUCAUCCCUCAGGGCCAAUGCAAGGGGUCCCCCGAGGUAGCAGUAUGGGAGUCCGCAAUAGCCCCCAGGCUCUGAGGCGGACAGCUUCUGGGGGACGGACGGAACAGGGCAUGAGCAGAAGCACGAGUGUCACUUCACAGAUAUCCAAUGGGUCACACAUGUCUUACACAUAGUAAUUGAAAGUGGCAAUUCCGCUGGAGCUGUCAGCAAAAGAAACUGCCUACAGACACCAUCACAGCAACCUCCUCCCUUGGGCACUACCUUGUGGAAGCUGAGUGCAUAUGGUAUAUUCUAUUCGUUUUUGUAAAGCGCUAUGUUUUGUGUUUACUAAUUGGGAUGUCAUAGUAUUUGGCUGCCAGGUUUUUGUGAUUGGCUUUUUGUUUCUUUGUUUUUAAAUUUUGGAAAAUUUUAAAAGUGGGAAUAGAUAAAUAAUUUCAUAUGUGUGGCAAGAAGAAAUUGGCUUAAUAGAAGGGGUUUUAUCUGAACAAUGUAAAAAUAAAAUGAACCAAACUGGCCUGAAUCAUCACUUUAGGAUGUCCAUAGCCUAAAAAGGUUAUUGGAAGAUGUAAAGCCUUCCUCCAUAUCCCAGAUUCCCAAGUCACUGACAGCAGGCGGCAUCUGUACUGAAACACACUCUUACUGACACAUACCUCCACUCCUUAUCAGUGCAUCCUCUCUUUGUGAAAUUGGUCUGACUUCUCAACCUCAUUUGGGCUAAAAAGCAGAAAACCAUGAACAUUAAAAGAUUGUAUUUACCUUUUUAGGUGGUAGAAAAUCAUUUAGUUCUUUGCUAAAUGCUUCAGAAGUUUGUUGCUGAUUUUGUAGGUUGUAUCGUUGUAAGAUGGAGUUGCUUAAGGAGAUCAUAAGCUGUCUGGAGUUUGCACUAACAAGCCUGUGAGCUAUCAGAGGGAAAAUCCAAAGCGUUAGGGGGCCCUCAAAGUUCCUAUGAUAAAUAUAUGUUCAGCAUGGAACGAGGAGAUAAAGCCUAUAUAUCCUGACAUUUUGUUUCUUGUGCAGUGAUAUCUCAUGCUACCCAAACUAUAAGACCCCAAACAGUACUUUUGCUUUGUUUGUACAUAAACAAAGACACUUAGCCAACACAAAGCAAAUGCCAGAGGUGUUUGAAUGAUGCCAUAUUUGUUAGCUGCCAUCUAUUAGAAUACUCAUCACACUACAUAGACAUAAUUUUAUUAUCUAUCCCCUUUUUGGCUUAUGGGAUUUCCUGUUUACAAGUAGCAAUAGUCGAUUCUUUAAAUAUUUCGUUGCCACCAGGAGUCACUGAGCCAUGACUAUCAGCUGCUGACUAAUCUUCACACUGUAGAUGCUGCUUCAUCUGCAGGCCCUCUGUAUUUAGUCAAUGUUUUUGUUGCUGCAGUACCUUACAAACUUUUAGUUCACUGAGACUUGGUGACCAUCUUAGCCCAGGUUAUGUCACACAAUAGCAAAUUCCCUUUCAGAAGUCUCUAGCUUAGUGCUAAAAUACUACUGAGAAAGAAACUAAGGUAGUUUGGUGAGUAAAAGAAAACAGAAAUUAAAAAUAAGUUAUAUAGUGGUCAGGGAACACUAACUGGGGAGUGUGUUCUGUCUUUUCUUCAAUGAAGGAUCAAUCCAGUGUUCUCCAUCAGUGCUAGUUAGAAUCCUCUGGUUGCUUGUGUAGAGCUUGAGUUGGAGGUAGGAAAGGGGUAAUGCCAUUUUUAGUGACAGACCAGAGUUUCUUACAAGUUACUGUCCUCCCUUUUCAGUUAUCUUGAAGAGCUCUUGCUGCUAACUCUGGGUCCUGCUUUUCAUGUAAUUAGAGGGCAAGAACACACUUAAUCAUACUUAGAACAAGCUAGUGACCGAAUUGUCAUCUGCUACUAUUGAAGUUCUUUGUUUUCUUAACCACAUCUUAAGUCUUGUCCAGGUAUGCCAUUCCAAUCUCCCUAACUUACCUCCUUAAGGAAUUUCUAACUUUGGUUUGAGAGUUUCUGACACUAACUAAAAGAAAAAUUAGAUCAGGGUGUGGUAGCACAUGCUUAUAAUCCCAGCACCUGGAAGGUAGUAGUCUGGGGUUCAAGACUGCCUUCAGGAGUCUCGCAAAGGGAAGAAAGAUGCUAUACUAUAGAUCCUUUGAAAACCGAUAGAAGGUUGAUGGCAGAAUUCACACUUUUAAAUAGGUUCUACAUUAGUUUUUAGGUAAACAUAUACUUAGAGCUAAUGAAAAGGACUUUUGUUUUCUGGUUUUUUUUUUAAUUCAAGAUACUAUUUUGAGUUUCAAACAUAUUGAGAGUUCUGUAUAUUUGGAGGAAAUUAGGGAAAGCUUUAGAUUUAAUAGGCUGUUCUGAACUAUAAAAGACCAUCUCUCAGAAAAAUGGACAAUCAAGUCAGGUAGUGAUGGCAUACACCUUUAAUCCCAGCUCUUGGGAGGCAGAGGCAGGUGGAUCUCUGUGAGUUCUAGACCAGCCUGGUUUACAGAGCGAGUUCCAGGACAGCUAUGGCUGUUAGACAGAGAAACCCUGCCUCGAAAAACCAAAAAAAUAAAAAAGACCAUUCUUCAUGAAUCUGACCCCUAUCUGCUACUGGAGGAUUAGAAUGGGAAAGCGGGUCAGGUGGGAAUUUUAAAAAUUCUUUCAGACUCCAAACUACUACCAGAAAUAUAUAUUAUAGUCCAGCUGUGAGCCUUCCUAGGUCAGACUGAGUUGCUGAGUCCACUUUGAUCAUAAUGUACUCAUACUAGUGUGAUUUUUGUACUGACCGACUGUGUCAUCUCUAAUAGAGAUUUCUGCCUCAUCUAAUUGUGUGGCACCCAGCUUUCCCAUGUAGGUCAUGAUUACACCGUCAAUUUAGUUAAAAUACAUGUAGUUUGAAAAAUGAUUAAAAUGAAUAGAUUUAUGUGUUUGUAAGCUACAACUUCUGAGGAAUCAUGUACAUGGCAGGAUUUUUGUAAAAACUGGUAGCAGGAAAAUUUGAAAGGGUUUGAAAUGCCCUGAAGACAGGGCAUGCACUUUCUGAGAGAAAAAAAUGUCAACAUUUUAUCAGAUUAACACCACCUCCUCCCUAGUUAUCCACUCAUUAUAUGUGUGUUUAAGAAAGUGAAAAGCGUGGAGAACAUGUGUAGCACACCAGAAGUUACUGAUCUUAUAUCUGGUAUUCGGAGCCUACAGGGAAAUAUUUCUUGUGCUCCCAUUUUUGGGUCAGCAUUUUAAAAAUGCACAACCUCAUAUAUUGAGACAUUUUAUCCCUAAUUAAAUUCCCCAUCUUUGCACAUAACUUUAAAACUUAACUCUAACCCUACAUUGUGACAUCAGAAAGUGUUUGCACUGAGUAACAAGGUUAGCUGAAAGCGUAUUUAUUUUUAUAGCACUCCUGUCCUUCUAUUCAUUUCCAUAACUAGAUAUGAAUAGUCCUGAGCGUGAAGUCACACCCAUAGGUGACACACACUUAGUCUCAAGUUAAGGCCUUCCCAGUAAGUGAAACUUCGUACAUAGUCAUUAUCAUUUUUUGACUGCCUAGACAUCAAGUAAAUAACAUUCAAAACACUAAAGAAACUGUCCUGGAGAUUCCAUCCUGCUUCAACUUUUUGUGUACAUCCUUUUUUUCCUUUUUAGGCAGAAUUUAGUAAUUUUGUGCUUCUGUAAAUGUCUAGCAUUUUAAACAUAUAGAAUACAUUGUUUUGGACACUGGAAUAAUAUGAUUUAUUUUCACCUAUAAAAAUGACUUUGUUGUACUUGAACAUCUUUGCAUUUCUCCAUUUGUGCCAUUUACAAGUGGAAAUAAAUUGUAUUAUACCAUGAUCUACUGGCUUUUUAAAACUGUUACAUAUGCAUACUUUUGGUAUAGCUAUUUUCAUUUGUAUGUGUAUAUUGUGUAAUAUAUGUAUAUAUAUGAGUGUCUAUUUGUGUGUAUAGAUGGAUGGAUUUAACUCAUUCUAUACAUGUAUGCCAGGGCUCAGUUUUGAGUUUUGUUACUGUUUUUUACUUCUUUACCCUUUGUUAAGGCAAGGAUGUGUGUGUUUUUAAAGAGUUCUCUAGGCUGAUAUUUAUAAGAAAGUGAUUAGUAAAUGCAGUCUUUUCUUUUUAAUCCCUUAACACUUGUAUGAGUAAGGAGAAAGUAAAAUGAAACCAUAAAUUACAGUAUAGUAAAAAUGUGAUAGGGAAGGAGCCAGUUGGUGUUUCUUUGAGUUUUUUGUUUUGUGUUUUUUUUUUUCUACAAUGCAAUAAAACAUGAGCAGGAGAAAAAUGAACUGUGCAAAGAACCCUGGUGGUGGUUUUCUGCAAAGGUAAAAAGCCAAUGAGUCACAUUCUUAAUGGGCUUUUUGGAUCUCUUAGUGUUGAUGCUAUGAUCGAUCUUCUCUUGUUCAUUUUUACUUUCAAUACUAAUAGUUGUGUAUUUUGCUGAGGAUCAAAACUGCCGAGAAAGAAAUUACUACUAAAACAUAUCUAAGGUUCUCCUAAACUGUAAAAUCACAGGAGAUGGUCACUGAGAAAGAAGGCAUGAUACUGGUUUGAAGGGCUGUCUCCUUUUAACUUACUAUCUUACUUGCCGAUAGUAAGUUCUUUAUGCACCUUCCACCCCUUCUGAGCCACUACUAUUCAAGCUGAGAUUUGGUCCAACACAACACCCCUUUCUUAGUUUUGUUUCUUUUCUUUUGAGACAGGGUCUUGCCAUGUAACCCUUUCUGGUCUGGUAAUUGAUGUUUACCCAAGGCUGGCCUCAAAUUCCUAGUACUCCUGUCCCAGCCUCCCAAGUAGUGGGAUUACAGUUGUGACCCACCAUGCUCAGCCACAGCAACCCUUUCUUUUGGAGGUUUUAUAGUUCUGCAUUUGACUCUUGUUCAGAAUGUGAAGUGUCCUAAUGUGUAUUAAAGUCAGAAAAAUAAUAUAUUUAAGCUGUACUAAGUGUGAAUCUGCUAUAAUGAUGAAAAAUUCUCACUUCUUACAUAGAUCCUUCUCUAAGGAGCAAAGUCAAAAUUUGGGCUGUCAUCAUUGAGCUGCUUAGCAAAAUACAGGUCAUUAUUGAAGAUAAACACAUUCUGUUUUGUUUUGUCCCCCCCCCCCCCCCGUUACAGAAGUCUCCCUUCCCUGGUUUAGCAUCGCCUUUUAAAAGGCACUCACCCUUAGUUAAGAACUGGAAAUUCCCACCCUCGGAUUCCUUAAAGGAUGAAGAGUGUGCUGUACACUCAGCAUACGUGCCUCUUGUAUGCAAGGACUACUGACUGAAGUCUGUUUUGCUGUCUGGUUAUGUUGUCUGCACUUUUAUGAAAUCACUACAGUAGAACUACGUUGGAAAUAACUAUUAAUUUGUAAAGAAAUUUUUAUUAAACACUGUAGAAAAAGUGAA